GUGAAAGUUUGGUAUUUUAAUCUGGUGCCACUUCUUCUUCGUUUGUUUGAGCAUUGCAAGGGACUUACAACUCUAUAAUUUACAGGACACUAAAUUUAGGAGUAAUGCAGAGGACGUCCCAACAAAUCCCAGGUGAUGACAGUGACAGUUCAGGUGAUAUACCUUUGUCACAGCUGCGCACACCAAGAACACAACAGAAAGACCCCCCAGGAGAUCCAUACAAAACCCCAGGGGUGACUCCCAGGGCCUCGGACAGAAUAAAAAGCCGAAAAGCCCAGACAUUUGUAAUGCCAAACAAGAGGGAUGUGUUUGACAAAAUUGAAGUCCCUUCCAAUGGCAAGUGCUCAUCUUAUGAGCACCUGAAACCUCGUCGGAUUGUGAAUGAUUUUAUACGAGUAAAUCAUCGCUAUAAUUUUGAUCCGGACUACACCAGUGGUGAGGAUUCGUCACUGGAUGGGUUUCUGGCCGAAAAUAAUUCAGAAGAAGAAGAAGAUGAGGAGGAUGAUGAAGACACUUUUCGACACAGUAAUUCCAAGAAGAAAAAGAAUUGUGGUUUACAGAAGAGAAGAACUUCAAGUUUUUCAUCAGUUAAAUCGGGUGAUAAAACCGACACGGGUUCAAAAUUUAAAAGAAUCAGAACAAUUGCGGACGAUUCCAGUGACGAAGAUGGUCAAAAUGCAGAUGACAGUGAUUCUGAUGUUCCUGUGAAAAAAGUGCGAAAGUUUUCCCAUGGUGGUUCAGUGUCAGGCGUCAUAGAUGAUGACAGUGAUGACUGAUAUGCAAUCAAUGAAUAUUAAAUUCAACGUAUACCUGUAUAAAGUGUUAUAAAAAUAAGCUGUUAAUACUCCAUUUCCAGUUCUUUCUUUCCUUUUCUUUCAUCCUUUGUUUUUUUUGAAACCAGUAGAUUUGAACAUAAUUUUACAUCUUAGCUGCAAAGUCUUUGCUGUUAUACCGCAUGUGAUCAUAUGUGAAAAUUUGUUUAAAAUUUAAAAGAAAGUGGGAACCAUUUUGUAUGUGAAAUAAUUAUUCUAAUUUGUAAAAAGUCAUUGUUACAAUAGCAGCUUCUCAGAUUUCUAAUUGGAAAAGGUUAAUAAGAUAUUUAAUUAAUUUUUUGAAAAAUGCCAAAAAAUUAAUGAGAAAAAGCUUAGCAGUGGGUGGGAUCAUAUACAUAGCACAGUUUUAUUUAUCCAAGACUUAAAUAUUUACUGAAAGUUUCAAGUAAAAAAAAACUUUUUAAUGAGAAGCUGAAAUAUGUUUUCACCUCAAAUGACAAUAAUUUGAUGUACUAAGAGAAGUACUUAUAUUGUCAAUCAGGUUUUCAUAGACCGGUUUGACAGUGAA